UUUCUGAAAGAGAACACAAUAAGCUUUCCUUUCAUGUUACAACCGUUUUGAUUGGUUGAGAAGAAAAAGGGGCACUUUUCUCGUCAAAUCAGACAUCGCUUUUGUUCUGAGGAUCGACCUGCUGUAUAUGGGGCUGUGAAGGUCGCCUGGUCAAUGCACCGGCUGUUGUGUGUGACCGCAGAGCUUGCAGGGCUUUGAUUUUCUGCACAUAUCAUAGGGGUGGCAAAGUUCUCCAUAUGGCGUCUGAUACCCGACAGUUCAGUGUGUGAAUGAAGUCAUUCAGGGAUUUUCAGACACAGUCAUAGUUCCUAAAGAUUUUCAUUACUUUCAUAGUCUGUAUCGACCAGUGAAAAUUAGCAUCUCUCAUGAAUUUCUCAGCGAGUAACGACUACUGCGGGGAUGGCAGAUUCGUCCAACAUUCCGUCAUCAUGCAACACAUUGACAAACUGGAGUUGAGACCAGGAGACACGGUACUGGACGUGGGAUGCGGUACUGGGGAAGAAACUAAGUCAAUGGCAGGGAAAGUCAAGAGUGUAACAGGUAUUGAUGCUUCAGAGGAAAUGGUAACAGUAGCCGUUAAGACCAACUCGGCACCAAACGUAGCAUACAGUCAAUGGGACGCCCGAGCCGUGGGGGACAACCCGGACUGGCGAGAGAGAUUCGACAAAGCUGUCUGUUUCUUCGUUCUUCACUGGAUUCCUGAGGAAACCCAAGCGCUCCGUAGCAUCUCGGCGUGUCUGAAGCCGGGCGGGCAGGCACUGUUCAUCAUCCGUUUCGAGAACCACGACGACUCCUUCUUUUUACCCCGUGCGACUUCCUUCUUGAAAAGCCAUGAGAAGUGGGGUGCUUUUGUCCAGGACUACAAGUCAUCACUGCACUUUUGGGACCUAUCGGUUCAAGAAACGCAGAAAGUCUUCAAAGCGUGUGGCUGGGCCGAGGCUAAGUGUGAAGUACGGAGGCACGAACUGGUCCUGUCCGAAAUUUAGU